AGACACAUCCACGUGACACUUUAUUUAAUUUGCUUUUCCAAUUAUAAUCUGAUUCACACCUGGCAUAUUAUAUGCAUGCAUACGUAGAAAGUGUCUCUCUCUAUAUAUAGGGGAGGAAGCUUGGCAAAGGGUCAUCAUCAACACAUCAUCAUCAUCACAAUCUACUUGAAAGCUUUCUUUGAUAUAUUCAUUCAUAUCCAUAUACAUAAAAUGGGGAUUAUCAUGAGACUUGUUGGGAUUUCCGAAGCAAAGAAGAAGCUCGCAAGGACGCUAUCUCCCAAGAAAGGGAGCAUUAGGGCGACGAAAGACGACAAAGUCGCCGUCCCAAAGGGGCACUUUCCGGUAUACGUCGGGGAAGCGAGGCGGCGGUUUGUGGUUCCGAUGGAGUACUUGGAGCACGCCUUGUUUCAGGAUCUGUUGGAGUGGGCGGAGCAGGAGUUUGGGUACGAGCACCCUACCGGAGGACUCACUAUCCCAUGCACUGAAGACUACUUCUUGAGCCUCACUUCCCUCCUCAUGAAAUCCAAAUGAAUCUUCGAGGAUAAAUUUAGUGGG